GUGAGCAUGUGUGUAUGUGUAUUGUGCUGUGUGUUAUGUGUAGGGAGGAGGGUUGGGGGUGGGAUCCCAUGACGUUACUGGCUCCGCCUCCUGGUGAAUAUAAGGGAUGCUUGACGCGCAAAGACCCCAAGCAGCAGUAUUGAAGCCUGAGCGGCGCAAGUCUGCAAGACCCAACCCAACUCGACUGAAGUCAGCCUCGCCGAACCGGAUCUGAGAAUCCUGGCUCUCUGGGCUUGCCUCAGCUCUUUGAUCCUAACAUCCUUUUCAGUUGCAACUAGAAUGCUGUGGCAGGCACUUCGCAGAUUUGGUCAAAAGCUGGUGCGGAGACGGAUGUUGGAGCCUGGCAUAGGGGAGACCCGCCUUGCCAGAUGCCUGAGCACACUAGACUUAGUGGCCCUCGGUGUGGGCAGCACCCUGGGUGCGGGUGUGUAUGUCCUGGCUGGUGAGGUGGCCAAAGAUAAAGCAGGACCAUCCAUUGUGAUCUGCUUUUUGGUGGCUGCUCUGUCUUCUGUGUUGGCUGGACUGUGCUAUGCAGAGUUUGGUGCCCGGGUCCCCGGCUCUGGUUCUGCAUAUCUCUACAGCUAUGUCACUGUGGGCGAACUCUGGGCCUUCACCACCGGCUGGAAUCUCAUCCUCUCCUAUGUCAUUGGUACAGCCAGUGUGGCCCGGGCUUGGAGCUCUGCUUUUGACAACCUCAUUGGGAACCACAUCUCUCAGACUCUGAAAGGGACCAUCUCACUGCAUGUGCCCCGUGUCCUCGCAGAAUACCCAGAUUUCUUUGCUAUGGGCCUUGUGUUGCUGCUCACUGGAUUGUUGGCUCUGGGAGCUAGUGAAUCGGCUCUGGUUACCAAAGUGUUCACAGGGGUGAACCUUUUGGUUCUUGGGUUUGUCAUCAUCUCUGGCUUCAUUAAGGGAGAUUUGCACAACUGGAAGCUCACGGAAGAAGACUAUAGUUUGACCAUGAAUGGACUCAACGACACUUAUAGCUUGGGCCUUUUAGGCUCUGGAGGAUUUGUGCCUUUUGGCUUUGAAGGGAUUCUCCGUGGUGCUGCUACCUGUUUCUAUGCAUUUGUUGGUUUCGACUGUAUUGCUACCACUGGGGAAGAGGCUCAGAAUCCACAGCGGUCCAUCCCCAUGGGCAUCGUGAUCUCACUGUCCAUCUGUUUUUUGGCAUAUUUUGGUGUGUCUUCAGCACUUACCCUCAUGAUGCCUUACUAUCAGCUCCAGCCUGAGAGCCCUUUGCCUGAGGCAUUUCUCCAUGUUGGCUGGGCUCCUGCCCGCUACCUUGUAGCUGUUGGCUCCCUCUGUGCUCUUUCCACCAGCCUUUUGGGGUCUAUGUUCCCCAUGCCUCGGGUGAUCUACGCCAUGGCAGAGGAUGGCCUCCUGUUCCGUGUCCUUGCUCGGGUCCACAGUGGCACACAUACGCCCAUUGUGGCCACUGUGGUCUCUGGUAUUAUUGCAGCAUUCAUGGCAUUCCUCUUUGAACUCACUGAUCUUGUGGACCUCAUGUCGAUUGGGACCCUGCUUGCUUACUCCCUGGUGUCCAUUUGUGUUCUCAUCCUCAGAUAUCAGCCUGACCAGGAGAUGAAGACAGGAGAAGAGGAAAUGGAAUUGCAGGAGGAGAAGACACUUGAAGCAGAGACACUGACCCUCCAGGCACUAUUUUGUCCAGUCAACUCCAUCCCUAGCCCCCUUUCUGGCCAAGUUGUUUAUGUUUGUUCUUCGCUGCUUGCUCUACUACUGACUGUCCUUUGCCUGGUGCUGACCCAGUGGGCAAUUCCACCGCUUUCUGGAGACCUGGUGUGGGUCACAGUGGUUGCGCUGAUCCUGGUGCUCAUUCUUGGAAUUGCUGGGGUUAUCUGGAGACAGCCACAGAACUGCUCUCCCCUUCACUUUAAGGUUCCUGUCGUGCCUUUACUCCCACUAGUGAGCAUCUUCGUGAAUGUUUACCUGAUGAUGCAAAUGACAGCUGGUACUUGGGCCCGAUUUGGGAUCUGGAUGCUGAUUGGGUUUGCGAUCUACUUUGGCUAUGGAAUCCAGCACAGUGUAGAAGAAGUUAAGAGUCAUCGACCCUUACCCAAGACUAGGGCCCAAACUAUAGACCUUGAUCUCACCAGUUCCUGCAUUCACUCCAUUUGAUGUAAUCAUACCUGAGUGCUGUCUGGUCUCCCUGCACAAUAAUGGAGACCCCACAGAAAGCUAGCCCUCCCAUGUGAUGUUGGGGAGGGAUAUUAAUAGAACUCUGUACUUAUUGUGGAGUGAUGGAUGUGUCUUUGCUGUUUCCCACUUAUUUUUUACUUGUUUAUUUUGAAAUGGUCUCUGUAGUUGCUUCUUGGCUUUGAAAAAAAAUUAAAGGAAA